AGCCCAACCGCAGAGUCCGAGUUGCGCCCCACAUUUGCCAGAGAGACUACGUUAGUGCCGCCCUACCUGGAGGAGACUGCCCCCACUAGCAUCAGCCGCCUCCAAUCUACCCAAGCCGUGAUGAUUCAAUCCCCGCUGGUCUUCGAGAGCUUCGCGCUCUCCACCACUACAUCCCCUGCCUCCACCGAUGUGUUGGCUCGCUAUACCCGUUGCAAGAAACUCCGCGACACGUUAUAUGGAGAGACCGCAUUGUACCGGGACGAGGAACUUAAGAAGCUCGUAGUACUCAAGCGUCUGAGUAUCUCCUUGCUGCAAGAGGAGGACAAGAGCUCCCUAGAUGUUGUCAAGGAGAACCCACUGAGUGAGCGUGCCGUGAUCCAGUUGCUCGAAGACCCACUCACCUCCCGCGCUCCAGGCCGCGAACACGUCGUGGAGUACGAGCGCGAGGGCUUUUUCACAGUUGGAGACAGUGUCUUCAUCUCCAUGGACUUCUGUGCCGGCGGAGACCUCUACGACUACGUCACCACAAAGCCCGAUCGACGCCUCCCCGAGACUGAGGCUUUGCCGCUGUUCGCCCAGAUUGCCAAGGGACUGAGCUUCCUUCACGCUAUUGGAGUUGCCCACCGAGAUCUAUCGCUGGAGAACGUGCUACUGAAGGACGGACACGUGAGAAUCUGCGACUUUGGCCUCAGUGCCAAUGCCAACAAGUGUUCCGAUGCUUUGGUAGGCAAAUUCUACUACAUGGCACCGGAAGUGACGCAGGGGGUCGUGUACGACCCCAAGGGUGCUGAUGUCUGGUCUCUCGGCGUGCUACUCUUCAUCAUGCUGACUGGCUCGCCGCUGUUCGCCGAUGACAACGCCCGUGCCCCAACUUUUCGUGUGCUAAGCAAAUACGGCGUGGGCAAGAUCCUGGAGCUCUGGGGCCUCAAGGAACAGUUCUCCAAGCCUACGAUCAACUUGUUGGCGAGCAUGUUGCAGGUGCAGCCGUCACGCCGUCUCAGUGCGAAGGAAGUGGCGCAUCACCCAUUGCUGCGUGGCUUUAGCGCCCGCCCAACAUCGCCAUCCAUGGCCUCUACUGCCUAGAAAGCCGUUGACCGUGGUGUCUAAACUAUAAUGACGCGCUGCGAGUAGUGCAAGCGUCGGUAUGUGCUGUAGUUGCAGUGAAUAAAUUAUGAUAUUUAUUGAUAUGGAAU